UCAUUUUGAGGUAAGUUGGCAGCUUUGCGCAUCAGCUGUUGUGCCGUUUGACUUUUGUUUACAUUUUUAUUGGUUUAAAAUUACAAGUUAAAAGAUUUAACCUAAUGGAAUCCCUCUCAAAAUACCGAUAUAGUUUGGUGGCUGGGUCCUUUGCAGCUGCAGGAAGCUUUUUCGGAAAACUCCCCAGCCACCUCAGCGCCCAAAAACUACUGAAUACUACGCAAAUUAGUGGAGACAUUUCCUAUUUAGAAAUAACAUUACUGCAACUGCUGCCACUGGUGUUAAUGGUAACAUGCAAUGUCUGCAACUUGCGUUUCUUUUUAAAGGCCCUGCAAAUGACUGAACAAACUAUAACCUGCGUAGUUUUAACUGCUGCUUCGAAUUAUGUCUUAUCGUUUAUCCUAGGUGCGCUUGUUUAUCAGGAGCCACUGACAGUACUAUCUGGCAUAGGAAUAACCCUAAUUCUGGCUGGUCUUUGGUUUCUUUGCGACGGAGGAGAGUCCAAAAAGCCGGACAAAAUUGAAUAGUUUAAAUGGAAUUUGCUUAAGAUUAGCUUCUUUUUUACAAAUUAUUUUCAUUUGACAUAUAUUCUUCGGAAGUAAAAAUAAAAAAUGAUACUUCAUUUUCCAUUUGUAAAUUCAAAAUAUGAAAAUGUUGGGCACCCCAAUUAGUCCAAAAAAACGAAUGGUUUAUAUACUUUUGUUUAAUGUAUGUACUGUUUUGCAAAUACAUAGUUUUCAUUUCAUUUAUAAUGCACUGUUAGUGUGCACGCUUCUUCAUUCACGCGGCAAUAAUUACAACUAUUAUGUUUUACGUGGUUUUGUAUUUUUGUUUUCAUCGUUUGUGUGUAAAAGUUUGGCAGAACAAAAAAAGGUGUUGAAAUGGGAUAGAGCAUGACAGUAAGAGCACAAACUAUAAA